UCGUUGCGUUAAGGGUAAAAAAGAAGCUUUUAAAUGAUUUCUCGAUAGAAGAAGUCACACACACACACAGCUCUUCUUAGAUAGGCCCAAAACCACCGACGUGUGCGUGCAGUAGAAAGAAAGUAGAUUUGAGGGCUUUGUGUGUGUUCCAGAUUCACUCACUCUCUCUUCUGAUCUCCGCCGCCUCAAAACCUCAUCCUUCUCCGUUUAUUCUCUAGAUAAGUUGGUGAAGUAGUAGCUGAGGCAGGAGGAAGGUGAUGAUGAUGAUGACUUCACUCGGUGGUGGUGGUGGUGGAGGAGGAGGAGGUGAUGUUGGACCUAUUGGUGGUGGAGGUGGAGGAGGAGGAGGAGGAGGGAGAUUUAUGCCGUAUCCGCCGCCUCUUUCUAUGCCUCCGUCGGCUCCUCAGUCACCUAACUUCUCUGGUGGUCUCCGAUCACAACCUUCUUUCCUCGUUGAGCAGGAGAAGUAUCUUUCUGAGUUACUUGCAGAGCGUCAGAAACUUACUCCCUUCUUACCUGUGCUUCCACAUGUCUGCCGUCUGAUGAACCAAGAAAUUUUGCGUGUAACCACGCUGUUGGAGAAUGCCAUAAGUCAGAGUAGGUUUGAUCACCCUAGCCCUCUGUCUUCUGGAGGGAUAUUUCAGAACUCAAGAGCUGACAUGAACGGAUGGCCCUCACAGUUUCCAUCAGAAAGAUCUGUUUCAUCAUCUCCUGCACCAAAUUGGCUAAACUCUCCAGGUAGCUCGUCUGGUCUCAUCGUAAAAAGAACAAUCAGGGUGGAUAUUCCAGUAGACCAAUACCCAAACUAUAAUUUUGUUGGUCGCCUCUUGGGUCCUAGAGGAAACUCUCUCAAACGAGUUGAAGCUAGUACUGAUUGCCGUGUUCUUAUAAGGGGGAGAGGCAGCAUUAAGGAUCCGGUUAAGGAGGAAAUGAUGAGAGGGAAGCCUGGUUAUGAGCACCUGAAUGAACAACUCCACAUCUUAAUCGAGGCAGAGUUACCCAUUGAGUUAGUGGAUGCACGUCUUAUGCAAGCUCGUGAAAUCCUAGACGAUCUACUUACUCCUGUGGAGGAAACUCAUGACUUUUACAAGAAACAACAGCUCAGGGAACUGGCCCUUCUCAACGGUAGUCUUAGAGAAGAAGGAUCUCCAAUGUCUGGUUCUGUCUCUCCUUACAAUAGCCUCGGCAUGAAGAGAGCCAAGACAAGGGACUAA